AUGGCUGCCUUUCUUGCGAAAAGAAUUGUUAACCACUCUCUUCGCCUUAGUCCUGUCACUUUACGUAUUACAAGUCGCCUGAGAUAUUUCAGUGAUCAGAUAGAGAAAUGGACAAACGAGAGAUUCGACGAGGUCGUUAAAAAAGACAAAGUUGUGGUAUUCAUGAAAGGAAUUCCCAAGCAGCCCAUGUGCGGUUUUAGUAACGCCGUGGUGCAGAUCCUUCAAAUGCAUGGAGUUGAAACCUACGGCAGCUACAACGUUCUAGAGGACGAAGACCUGAGACAGAGAGUUAAGGAAUAUUCUAACUGGCCUACAAUACCACAAGUUUAUGUCGGGGGAGAGUUUCUCGGUGGUUGCGAUAUCAUGCUACAAUUGCAUCAGAACGGAGAACUGAUCGAAGAACUUCAGAAGGUUGGAAUAAAAUCUUUGUUGUUGGAAAAGGUGGAAGAAGAUAAUAAGGACAGUUGA